AUGUCCGCCGAGUCCGCUGCCACGCUCGCUGCUCUCAUCCUCGCCGACGAGGGUGUUGAGAUCACCGGUGACAAGAUCACCGCCCUCACUUCGGCCGCCAAGGUUGAGGUUGAGCCCAUCUGGGCCACCCUCCUCGCCAAGGCUCUCGACGGCAAGGACGUCAAGGCCCUCCUCACCAACGUUGGUGGUGGUGGUGCCCCCGCCGCUGCCGCCGCUGGUGGUGCCGCCGCCGCCGCCGGUGCCGCUGAGGACGCCCCCGUUGAGGAGAAGAAGGAGGAGGCCAAGGAGGAGUCCGACGACGACAUGGGCUUCGGUCUGUUCGACUAA